UAGUCCAUUAGGGACUGAUGGUGCACCGAGGGGAGGAGAAACACAGCUACAGAGGAUUGAGUGUUUGAGAACGCCCUGAACAGUGAGUUAGCAUCAUCUCAAAGAAAAACAUGCACGUACAAUGUGGUCCUUAAAUACAUGGUCGAGAUUUUGAUCUGUGAAAAAUGAGUUGGAUGCUCUCCAUCUGCGUGGCGACGGCCCUGCUGGCUCUCUGUAGGGGACAACACACUGAGCAUGAAGGAAAUAGCCUGUCUGCAUCUGGCUAUCGUCUUUGUACUUAUAAUGAGACAAGGAAUGUGAGUUUACUGGUGAUGCACGCGGUCCCCUAUACUGUGACGAAGCCUUGUGGGGGCUGGCUCCACUGGAAGACAUGUACAGUCACACUUUACAGGAUGACCCAUGAGACUGAGACCAGGACAGUGAAGCAGCAGGUGACCCGAUGCUGCCCCGGCCACGUACAAGUGGGUCGAUACUGUGCCCUGUCUGUAAACAGGAGUGAUGAGUUCACUGCCAAGCCAGGAUCCUGUCCAACUGCAGAUGGAGUGUAUAACAGAUCUGAGGGCUGUGAGUGGGACAUUGACUGCCCGGGCUGGCAAAAAUGCUGUCAGAGUCGUUACGUCUGCAGUGAUCCUGCAAACUCAACAUAUUAUUCUGAUAAUGGAGGCUAUCGGUUUAAUGCAACAGUGACAGUGAAGACAGAUUACCAGCCUCUGAUGUCCACUGACAGAGGACUUCUGGAUCACACACGAUUGCUCCAGGCGAUGGUGACUGGAGCACUGCAGUCUGACGUUACAGUUUAUUACCUCAGCUCACAGCCUGUGCAUCCCUUCAGAACGGCCACCUCUAUACUGAUUGCCUGCAACUUGACUCUUUCACUGCACACUGUCACGUCGGAGCUGCAUCUUCUCCUCAAACACAUACAGGAAGUGUCAUCUGUAACUGUGGAAGAUGUGGAUGAGUGUGCACUGUCUGCUCUGCGUGGGUGCUCCCCCCACUCCGACUGUAACAACACAGUGGGCUCCUACCUCUGUUCCUGCCACCAAGGAUAUGUAGAUGUGGACCCCAGUAACCCUGGAGCCCAUUGCACAGCUGUCAGGGUGGAGACCACUCCAGAGCCCUGUCUUACCUCUGUUCCACCCAUGAACACAACCACAAUCUCAGCUUCCAACAGCACCCAGGAGCGUGUGAGGAACAUCACUGAGGGUUCCUUCAGCUCCACAGGGACCAGCAUGCCUACAGCUCCGAGUAAUACAAGCACCGUCGCUUUUAAUUCAUCAAACGCCCCGCAGUGGACAAGUUCUGCACCUUAUAGCAGCCUGAGAUCAACUGUAGAGUCCCCGCUGCCAACAACCACAUGCUAUCCUGCCAAUAUCACCAGCGUAUGGGCAGCUGAUGUCACUGGAACCUCCUUUCGUGUCCACUGGUCCAGCCAGUUUCAGACAAACCAGACGUACCAGGUGGUCCUAAGCAAAAGGUCAGAGGUCAUUCAUUCAGGAGUCACCAGUCAGACCAUGAUGGAGGUGAGGGAUCUGCAGCCUGGGGUUCUCUACACAGUGGCUGUCACACCCAGCUCCUGCCAACAAGGAAUCACCUUAGAUAUAUCAGUCAAGACUGAUGCUCAGAAACUCGAAGCCACAACACGACUUACCAACAUCGAGUUCUCUGCUGACCUGCAGAACGGCAGCAGCCAGGCCUACCAAAACCUCACUGAGAGUAUCACACAGGAGAUCUACCAGUCUCUGUCUCCAGAGAUGAAGGCCAUGGUGGAUUCAGGCCAGAUGAGAAUCGAGAUCACAAGCUUUUCCCAGGGGAGUGUGGUCGUCCACUUUACAAUCACCCUCGCCCCCAGUGAAAGCCAAGACAUCGCUAAUGUGUCCACAGCUCUGCAGCACUCCCUGAUGAAUAGCACCAAAUAUACAGUGGAUAAAAACAACACAAGCACAAAUGAUUUUAAUGAGUGUACCAUGGGAGAAAAUGACUGUUCCCUGUUGGCUACAUGUACAAACACCUGGGCCUCCUACACAUGUGUCUGCUUGGAUGGAUUAGACAACAACCCAGAGAGGCCUGGCCGAGCCUGUCACGCAAUCACAACCACUACUGCCCCUACUACCACCCCUACUUCAACAACAACCACUGCUACCGCCCCUCCAACAACCAUUAAUCCUCCAACGGCCACCAUUACUACUCCCACAACCACCAUUCCAACUACCACUGCUCCAACAACCAUUACUGCUCCAACACCCGCCAUCACUGCCCUAACAACCACUACUACUGCUAAUAUAUACACCACUGCUGCUCCAACGCCCACCAUUACUACUCCCACAAUCACAACUUUUGCCCCUGCAACAACCAUUACUGCUCCUACAACCACUACUACUGCUAAUAUAACCACCACUGCUGCUCAUACAACCACCAUUACUGCCGCUGCAAUCACCAAUACUGCCCCAAUAUCCACCAUGUCUUCUUCUGCAACCACCACUACAGCACCAACAACCAUUACCAUAACAACCCCUACUACUGCCCCUGUAAUCACCCCUAGUGCUACUGCAAUCCCCACUACUGCCCCAACAACUGCCCGUACAACAACACUUACUGCUGCUACAACCACCCCUAAUGCCCUAACAACCAUCAUGACUGCCCCUGUAAUCACCACUUCUGCAAAGAUAUCCAUGACAUCUACCCCUUCAACCGGUGUUACCAACCCCACUUCCACCAUUACAGCUCCUCCAUCCACUACUACGACCCUGAGAACUGCCCCCAGUGCCUCUCCUCUGGGGGAAAUCUCAGUCCAGUGCAGGGUUGCUGCAAUAACGGUGACAGUUUCCAGGGCUUUUCUCCUGAGCAACAAGAUCAGGGAGAGCAGCCUGUACCUGGGCCUGCCUGAAUGUGGCGUCAACGGAGGCAAUGCCCUGCACGCCCAGCUGACCGUGGCUUGGAAUGAGUGUGGCACCAGGCUUGUGCAUAAUGAAACGUACUACACGGCAUCUGUAACCCUGUUCAACACCAUGGACAUGUACACAUCAGACAGUGGGACAGUGGAGAAUCCCAAGAUACGGCUGGAGGUUCCCAUCGUGUGCUCCUACAUGAAGAGCAUGCUCAUCUCUGCUGACUUCGGCUCUAUGGGGUAUGACAUGAUCAAAGAUAUCACCAUCACGGGCUCGGGGGAGUUCCAGGUGACGGUGCAGCUGAUGAACGGCACCAUGCCUCUGCCCCACAACUACAGCCUGUCCUCUGAGGAGGCGGUGGUGGUGGAGGUCAGCCUCAACACCUCCUCACAGCAGAUUAAAGUAGUCAUCAACAAAUGCUGGGCCACCCCCACCCUACACCCUGUGGACAUCUCCAGCCACAUCUUCCUGGAGAACAGCUGCUCCCUGAACACAUACACCACGGUGUUGAUGAAUGGGAACUCCAGCACAUCCCGAGUGUCCGUGCAGAUAUUCUCCUUCAUCGACCUGGACGUGAUCUACUUGCACUGCCAGGUCCAGAUCUGUGUGGAGACUGGGUCUGGUUCCUGUGUGCCUGACUGUCAACAAAGAACCGCUCAGUCUUCAAACACAAUUGGAACAGCAUUCGGUUCCUUCGGGCCUCUGCUGAGGUCAGAUGAAGAGUCCUUGGAGGAGGAAUCUGACACUCUUCAUCUAGUUGGGCUCUCCUGCCUGGGGAUCGGCGUGUCGCUCUUCUUCAUCAUGGGUUUCGUCUGCCUGUUCUACUACCAGAGGAACCGCAUCGGACACUACAACUUCAGCGCCAAACCCAAGCAGGAGAACUUCACCUACCUUGUCUUUAACACCUAGAUGUGCAUCAGCACCAACAGCUGAACACCCCUGCAUUAGAAAACAUAAACUCUUGCAGCAGCAGACACAUUUGGUAAGGCUUUAGAGCGCAGCGGCCACCGGGGGGCACUGUUGCACCACAUUAGUUCUCACCAAACAUUGCAAAUCUUUGCACAUUAAACAAUAAAUUAAGCACAAAUGAGUUUUAUAUAUAUUUCCACCCCAGUCUAUAUAUAUUUUAAAUAUUUAAGUGAUACUAGUUGCAUGGGAUUGAAUGUCAAAUAUAGAGACUAUAAAUAUUGUAUGUAUAUUUAACAUUAUAGAAUAAAUAGGUUGCACAUCUUGAAUGGUAAAAGUGAAGUCUUGAAAGAUUUAAGCUGCAUUUCGCCUUCAGCUGAGACAAAUAUGUUCCCAGAAGAUAUUUAUAAUUCUGGGAAUACACAUUUCACUGUAUGGUUGACAUGCACAUUUGUAAUGUGAGAACUUUGUAGAUGGUAUCACAAAUCUUUGUUUAAGUGUAUUCAAAUGUACUUAAAAUAUAUCAUCUGCAAUAAUUGUGAAGCACAGUUAUCACUUUAUUUUAUUUAUUUAGAGAAUAUUUAUUAUUCUACACUUACAGUUUUUGUAUUUGUAAGUUUUGUGAAUGAAAUAUUUAUUUUAUCUCACUUAUAAAAACUCUCCUCUUGUGGUGCAACAAUAAACAUGUCCUGUAUGAAUGUGAGCUCUUGGGGGUGCUGUGUCACAGUUCUUCAGCUCGAGAAAAACAGGCUAAGAUGGCUUCCUGCAUGCACAAAGAUAACAUGUACACACUGUUUACA